GGUUCCGUCCCCCGAGCCGCCCGGAGCUGCGGGCAGCGGGCGGACUGUUAAACCGCGGCGGCAGCGGCCGGGGCGGGAGCGGGGCGCGCUCUGGAGAAGAGUCAGCGGCGCCCCGGGUGGGGGGAGGCGGGCGGGCAGCUAGAGAUCACCUCAGCAGCCCCCACCACGGCCGGACCGAAGGUGCGGCGGCGGAGGGGAGCCAGGGCGCCCCAGCAGGUUUCCGGUAAUUAUCUGCAGGAUUCGCCAUGACCCCAGCUCUGAGGGAGGCAGCAACAAAGGGUAUCUGCUUUUCAUCUUUGCCGACUACCAUGGAAUCUGACAAGAUGCUAUGCAUGGAAAGUCCAAGAACGGUUGAUGAAAAGCUAAAGGGAGACACUUUUUCUCAGAUGCUGGGAUUUCCAACUCCUGAACCUACUCUUAACACUAAUUUUGUGAACUUAAAACAUUUGGGUUCCCCUCAGUCUUCAGUUCUUUUAAAGAGUCCUAAUUCUACAUUAAGUAAAUACAGUGAAAAUCAUAAACAAAAGAAGUUAGGGGAACCCAAAUGCAGUAAACUGAAAAAUAUACUGUGUAAUGGCAGCAGGAUUCAGCUCAGUAAAAUCUGUCAUCCUCAUUCUGAAGAGCUCAUCAAAAAGGAACCUCUGUCAGAUACCACAAGUCAGUGCACGGCCAAUGUGCAAAUCAUUUUGGAUUCAAAUAAAACCAAAGACACUAAUACAGAUAAUAUCCAACUGCAAAACUGUAGAUGGUACCAACAGAAUGCACUUUUGGAUAAAGUAACUGAUGAUGAGAUUAAAAAGAGUUUACUGCGCUGUGCUCAAAAGAAAAUUAGGCCUGCUCACUCAAAGGUGCCUACUAGUUCUUCAGCUGCUGGAAAAGAGGAAGAAGUGAAUGCUCGUUUACUUCACUGUGUAAGCAAACAGAAAAUUUUACUUAACCAGGCUAGAAGAACUCAAAAGCAUUUGCAGAUGCUCCUGGCCAAGCAUGUUGUUAAGCACUAUGGUCAACAAAUGAAAUUUUCCGUGAAACAUCAGCUCCCCAAAAUGAAAAUCUUUCAUGAACCUACCACAGUUUUGGAUAAGAGUUUGCCUAAAUGCACUGAAAUCAAACCAGAAGUCAACAUAUUGACUGCAGAGAAUAAGUUGUGGGACGAUACGAAAAAUGGCUUUGCACAGUGUACUGCUGCAGAAAUACAAAGAUUUGCACUGUCUGCUACAGGGUUGUUGUCUCAUGUUGAAGAGGGUCUGGAUUCUGAUGCAACUGAUAGCAGCUCUGAUGACGAUUUGGAUGAAUAUACCAUUAGAAAAAAUGUGGCAGUUAACUCUAGUACUGAAUGGAAGUGGCUUGUAGACAGAGCAAGAGUUGGCAGCCGGUGGACAUGGCUUCAAGCCCAGAUUUCAGAGCUAGAAUACAAAAUCCAACAACUAACGGAUGUUCACAGGCAGAUUCGUGCCUCCAAGGGGAUAGUGAUCCUAGAAGAAUGUCAGUUUCCAAAAGACAUUUUGAAAAAACAAAUACAACUUACAGACCAAGCAGCUUCAUUCAACACUACAGGGAAUCUUCAGAUUACCCAAGAAAGUCAAGAUCCUUUACCAGAACAAGAUUUUGAAAUGUCACCAAGUAGCCCAACACUACUUCUUCGCAACAUAGAGAAGCAGAGUGCACAACUGACUGAGAUCAUCAACAGUCUGAUUACCUCUCUCAACCUGUCCCCAGCUUCAUCUCCUCUUUCUUCCAAAUCCCGUAGCCAUAAAUGUCUGGCUAAUGGCAUUUCCAGGAGUGCUUCAGAGAAUUUAGAUGAGCUCUCUUCCUCCAGUAGUUGGUUACUUAACCAGAAGCACAGUAAGAAAAGGAGAAAAGACAGGACGAGAUUGAAAUCUCCAUCCUUGACUGUCAUGAGUACAGCAGCUCGAACAAGGCCACUUCAGAGUUUCCACAAACGAAAACUCUACAGAUUGAGCCCUACUUUUUAUUGGACUCCACAGACUUUGCCUUCAAAGGAAACUUUUCUAAAUGCUACACAGUUGCCUUGCCUGCAGUCAUCUUCAACAUGGAGUAGCUGUGAACACAAUUCCAAGUCUCAAAUAUUAAGAGAACAUGCAUCAGAGCUAGAUUCUUCUUUCCAUUCUGUUCUGUCAUUACCAUCAGAUGUGCCUCUUCAUUUUCACUUUGAAACACUGUUAAAAAAGUCUGAAAUAAAAGGAGAUCUUGCUGAAAAUAAAUUUGUAGGAGACUGUAUCAUAUCUCCUUCAUCUGUACAUAAUACUCCUCUGAAUCAGUGGAAAAGUGGUUAUUUUCCUACAUGCAAGUCUCAACUAAGGUCAGAAUCAUCCGCACAACUGUUACAGGGAAGAAAGAAAAGACAUUUGAGUGAAACAGCAUUAGGAGAAAGAACUAGAUUUGGAGAAUUUGCUUUUCAACGCACUGAACCAGGAUCCCAUAGCACUUUUACUGCUGUUACUAAUGUCAAUGUUAUCUCAAGAACCCCGACUUCAUCACAACAAAAUAAUGCACGACGAAGAUUGAGAAGUGAGAGCUCUUAUGACAUAGAUAAUAUUGUGAUUCCCAUGUCACUAGUAGCCCCAGCUAAAUUAGAGAAACUCCAAUAUAAGGAAAUACUUACUCCAAGUUGGAGGAUGGUUGUUCUUCAGCCUUUGGAUGAAAAUACUUUAGGUGGAGAAAAGGUAGAAGAUCUUUCUGAUGAAGUCUUUUCCCUGAGACACAGAAAAUAUGAAGAAAGAGAGCAAGCCAGAUGGUCACUAUGGGAGCAAAGCAAGUGGCACAGAAGAAACAGCAGAGCUUACAGUAAAAAUGUUGAAGGACAGGACCUGCCUAUGAAAGAAUAUCCGAGUGGCUUUACUCAGUAUUAUGCUGUUGACAGUCCUGGUGAGCUUUCUUCAGACAGCCAUGAUCUGAGGAUUCAUGGCUCCCCUUCAAUGAAUGAGAGACAAGAUCUCAAGUCUUUAUGGUGGGAACGGAGAACUUUCCCACUGAAGAAUGAAGACACAGAAGCCUUAAUUUGCCAAGAUGUAGACCAUGAUCAUCAGAUUGAAAGAUCAAGCCCAGCUUUCCAUGAAGUCUUCUGUACCAGUGUACUAGAGGCCAGGCAACAUCCCAAAAGACAAGCAGAUGGAGUGGAGUGUAGACCCUCUGGUCCAGGACUUACUCAUGUUAAGAAAAAUAGGUGACAGAGAUCAGAUAAGAAAACUAUGUAACUGAAUAGAACAUGGGAAGAAAAAAAAAGGGGGGCAAAAAAAAAACACCCAACAAAAAACAAACAAAAA